CAGCUGAUUCCUCCGCUCUCCACUAGUCGCCGCCACGUCACACGGGGCAGUCACCACCAACAAGAUGGCGUUCACCCUGUACUCCCUGCUGCAGGCCGCUCUGCUGUGUGUGAACGCCGUGGCCGUGCUGCAUGAGGAGCGAUUCCUGAGCAAGAUCGGCUGGGGGGCGGAUCAUGGGAUUGGAGGUUUUGGAGAAGAGCCUGGAAUCAAGUCCCAGCUGAUGAACCUGGUGCGCUCGGUGCGGACAGUGAUGAGAGUUCCCCUGAUAAUGGUCAACUCGGUAACCAUUGUGCUACUUCUCUUAUUUGGAUGAAGAUUCUAUUGUCAUCUCCUGCGAAGACCAUCCGGACUGAUGACUCCACCACCUCCUGCAGUUUGGACACUGAUCUGAGAACUGAUCAUUUUUUUUUUUUU